AGCGCGGGGCGGGGGCGGGCGGCCGAGCGGGAUCGGGUUACACCGGCGCAGCCCGGGGGCUGGGCCGGGGGCGUCCUUGGGGAGCGGUGUGGAGCCAGGACCCCCUCCCCAGUCGAGGCUGGGCCGUCGCCUCCGCACGGGCCCGAGCGUCCUUCGAGUCAGUCCUGAGGAGCGGAGCUGCUUGUGGCGCUGGUCCUGAAACUUCUUCCCCGUCCUCCUGCUCCCAGGUCCCGCCGCAGCCCCUCGUCGGCCCGCGGCCCUCGCGUCCCCCUCCCUCUCCGGCCUCUCCCUUUCGCCGGAAGGCGCCGUUGAGUGCGGCCGGGCGGGUUGAGUCAGCCCCGCGGCCCGGGCGGUUCCGCCAAUGGGGCUGGACAGCGAUUUCUGCUCUCGGGCCGCCCCGCCGCCUCGGCCCUCCGCACCCGACCACCUCGGCGCCCGAGCUGGCGGGGCCGGGGCGCGCGUCCCGCGGGGCGCGGUGGGGGAGUGAGUUCGCAAACUUCCGGGGCGCGGGGGAGGCGGCCAGCGCGCGUGGGGGCCCCCUCCGGCGCUAGGGGCCCGACGCCUCGGGAGGGCGCCGGCGGAGCCUCCCGGGCCCUCUGCGGAGGGUGAGCCCAGGGGCGGUGAGAGGAGCUAGGACGCCGGCAACGCGAAUACAGUCAUGGCCACCCAGGUAAUGGGGCAGUCUUCUGGAGGAGGAGGGCUGUUCACGGGCAGUGGCAACAUUGGCAUGGCCUUGCCUAACGACAUGUAUGACUUGCAUGACCUCUCCAAAGCUGAGUUGGCUGCGCCUCAGCUUAUCAUGUUGGCAAAUGUGGCCUUAACUGGGGAAGUGAAUGGCAGCUGCUGUGAUUACCUGGUUGGUGAAGAAAGACAGAUGGCAGAAUUGAUGCCUGUCGGAGAUAACAAUUUUUCAGAUAGUGAUGGAGAAGGACUUGAGGAGUCCGCUGAAAUCAAAGGUGAACCCAGUGGAUUGGAAAACAUGGAACUGGAAAGUUUGGAACUCAGUGUUGUAGAACCACAGCCUGUGUUUGAGGUAUCAGCUGCCCCAGAAAUUUACAGCUCAAAUAAAGAUCUUCCCCCCGAAACCCCUGGAGCGGAGGACAAAUGCAAGAACUUGAAGAGCAAACCUUUUCGCUGUAAGCCAUGCCAGUAUGAAGCCGAAUCUGAAGAGCAGUUUGUGCAUCAUAUCAGAGUUCAUAGUGCCAAGAAAUUUUUCGUGGAAGAAAGUGCUGAGAAGCAAGCAAAAGCCAGAGAAUCUGGGUCUUCCACUGCAGAGGAGGGAGAUUUCUCCAAGGGCCCCAUUCGCUGCGACCGCUGUGGCUAUAAUACCAAUCGGUAUGAUCACUAUACUGCUCACCUGAAACACCACACCAGAGCUGGGGAUAAUGAGCGAGUCUACAAGUGCAUCAUUUGCACGUAUACCACAGUAAGCGAAUAUCACUGGAGGAAACACUUAAGAAACCAUUUUCCAAGGAAAGUAUACACAUGUGGAAAAUGCAACUAUUUUUCAGAUAGAAAAAAUAAUUACGUUCAACAUGUUCGAACUCAUACAGGGGAACGCCCAUAUAAAUGUGAACUCUGCCCUUACUCAAGUUCUCAGAAGACUCAUCUAACUAGACACAUGCGUACUCAUUCAGGUGAGAAGCCGUUUAAAUGUGAUCAGUGCAGUUAUGUGGCCUCUAAUCAACAUGAAGUAACCCGCCAUGCAAGACAGGUUCAUAAUGGGCCCAAACCUCUUAACUGUCCACAUUGUGACUACAAAACAGCAGAUAGAAGUAACUUCAAAAAACAUGUAGAGCUACACGUUAAUCCACGGCAGUUCAAUUGCCCUGCGUGCGACUAUGCGGCUUCCAAGAAGUGUAAUCUUCAGUAUCACUUCAAAUCCAAGCAUCCUACUUGUCCUAAUAAAACCAUGGAUGUCUCAAAAGUGAAACUAAAGAAAACCAAAAAACGAGAGGCUGAUCUGCCUGAUAACAAUAUUACCAAUGAAAAAAAAGAAACAGAACAGACAAAAAUAAAGGGGGAUGUGGCUGGAAAGAAGAAUGAGAAGCCUGUAAAAAUGGAGAAAAAAGAUAAUGUUUCAAAAGAGAAAAAGUCUUUUAGUAAUGCUUCAACUCAAGUGACUACCAGAACACGCAAAUCAGCAAUGGAAACUAAAGAAAUGGAUGUGCAUACAGGAAAUAAUUCAGAAACAACCUGUAAAACCAAGAAAAGCAAAAGAAGGAUGGAAACUGAAGCCCAUUCCUUAAAAGAUACUAUUAAUGAUGAGGAACCUGUGACAAAAAAGAAGAAGAAGGCAGAAGGCAAAUCCAAAAGUAGUCAGGAAGUGCCAAAAGGUGAUAGCAAAGUAGAGGAGACUAAAAAACAAAAUACUUCCGUGAAGAAAAGUACAAAGAAGAAAAGUCUGAAGAACAAGUCAGGUAAAAAAAGCAGCAAGGCUGCUCAGAAGGGGCCUGCUCGGAUGGUGCCUUCUCCUCCCGAGGGGCCUGCUCAGAUGGCCGCCUCUUCUUCCAAGGGGCCAUCUCAGAUGCAGCCUUCUCCAUCUGGGGAGCCCAUUGAGAUGGAGCCUUCUCCCCCUGUGGGGCCUGCUCAGAUGGAGCCUUCUCCUCCCGGGGGGCCUGCUCAGAUGGCCCUUUCUCCUUCCAAGAGGUCUUCUCAGAUGACGCCUUCUCCUUCCAAGGGGUCUUCUCAGAUGAUGCCUUCUCCUUCCAAGGGGUCUUCUCAGAUGGCGCCUUCUCCUUCCAAGGGGUCUUCUCAGAUGGCGCCUUCUCCUUCCAAGGGGUCUCCUCAGAUGGCGCCUUCUCCUUCCAAGGGGUCUCCUCAGAUGAUGCCUUCUCCUUCCAAGGGGUCUUUUCAGGUGGUGCCUUCUCCUCCCGGGGGGCAUGCUCAGCUAGAGCUGCCCCCUGCCAUGGAGUCUGCUCACAUGGAGGUUGGUCAGGUGGAGCCCCCUCCUCCAGUGGCCCCUGCUCACAUAGGACCUGCUCAGACAGAGCCACCACCUCCCCCUGGGGGGCCCGCUCAGAUGGAGGUUGUUCAGAGGGAGCCGCCUCCUCCCACAGAGCCGCCUCUUCACAUGGAACCAAGUCCCAGAAAGUCUCCUCGGAAAGAUAAUAAAAAAGAAAAACCCAACACGCAGAGUGAAGUGGCUCGGAAGGAGCAAGUCCUCAUUGAAGUUGGCUUAGUGCCUGUCAAAGACAGCCAGCUUCUGAAGGAGAGUGCAGGUACGCGGGAUCUCUCUGCACCAUCACCACCACCGCCAAAGGAAAACUUAAAAGAAGAGGAGUCAAAAGACCAAAAAUCAUUCACUGAAGGUGAAGGAAGUAAAGAAGCCCCUCUUCAAAAGGUAGAAGAGGCAGGGAAGAUUCUAGCUGGUCUUGCUGCUAUUAACAAGGAAUCUGCCGGUAUUUCAUCCUCUGAGCAAAACUUGACUAUGGCAGAGGGUGAAAUGUUAGAUGCUAAGUGUCUGACUGACACUGAGCUUCGUGAAAUGGAAAUAGACACUGAUGAGAACAAAACAGAGAACCCCCCUGGCAAAGAGCCAGCAGUUGAAGAACCUGUUUCACCAGUGCUGCUUCCCCUGCCAAUAGAAAAUCACGAAGCAGUGUCCAAAACUGCUGUGACAUCACCUCCUGUCACCAUGGCAGUAAAUGAGUCUCAGGAAAUGGAUGAAGACGAAGGCAUCCAUAGUCAUGAUGGAAGUGAUCUAAGUGACAACAUGUCAGAGGGUAGCGAUGACUCUGGAUUAAAUGGGGCCCGGCCAGUGCCACAAGAAACCAGCAGGAAAAAUGCAAAGGAAGCCUUGGCAGUCAAAGUGGCUGAGGGGGAUUUUGUUUGUAUCUUCUGUGAUCGCUCUUUUAGAAAGGAAAAAGAUUACAGCAAGCACCUCAAUCGCCAUUUGGUUAAUGUCUACUUCCUUGAAAAAGCAGCUAAAGGGCAGGAGUAAUUUAGGAUAAGGCUUCACUUCUUAGUUUAUAAGAUCUAUUACAUUUAAUAUUCAUUUGUAGUUGUAGACAACCUUUUAUUUUUUAAAUUGCUUUAAUUAGUGUCCGAUGUUGAUUUUUAAGUGGCACUCUUUUCCUUAGGACUCUAUAUACCUGUUGAUGGAUAAAUUUUAGCAAAUCCAAGGAAGGUAGUGUACUAAACCAGCAGACACCUAAAUCUGUUAGUUUAUACGUUUAAUUGAAAUGAGAAGGCCAAGGUGGUAUUGUAGCAUUCUGUUGCUUUGUCUGGCUGUAACUUGUCACUUUCCUUGCCAUGUCUGUCUUCUUGUUUCACUUUAGUUUUUUUUUCUUAGUUCUUUGUUUAGUUCUAUAAAAAUUGGCAUACUUAAAUAGCAAAUUACUUGAAGAAUUUGCCUGCUUUAUAUAAAGUUAGCACUUUAAGAUUUUUUUUAGAGAUGAGGAGAGACAUUUAAAUUGAAGAAAAAUUUUCCCAGCAGUGGACAUUGUAUCAGUCCAGGUAUUUACUUCUGAGUUUUGAUCAAUAUUUCUUAUUUGUAUAUGUUAAUCAUCAUAAAAACAAUUGAUUUUGGUGUGGUUUUUUUGUUUGUUUUGGGUUUUUUAUUUGUGGGUUUUUUUUUUUUUUUGGUGCUUUAAUGGCUUAAGAUGUUGCACAUUGUUUUGGUUUUUUUUUAACCUAUGCAGUUCAAUUUUUUUCUAGAAAUAGUAUUUGUUGAACAGUAACACUUUAUACAUAUAUAUGCAUGUUUAUUUUGACCUCUUUGGAGGGAUGCUUUUAGUCUUGUUUGCAAAAGGGCAGUUUUCUUUUUCCUUUGCUGCAAUUGUCUUUUUUGCAGAAUAUUAGUGUGUGCAAAUUUGUGAGCAAAUGAAACAUGCAGGUUCAAUCCAUUGAUUUUGAAUUUCACAUCUUAUAUCUAUGCCGGAAUCUGUAUUUCACAUAAGUUAUUUAUUUUAAAUGGAUGUAGUGAGUUCACAGCUCUCAUAUUGACCUUUAAACAAACCACUAGGCUCUUUAUUAAAUGGAUUUUAAUCUCAGAUACCAACCAUAAGUAAAAAUUUUUGGCUUGUUUUAGUACAACUACUUCCUAGAUGUACAGUGUUAAGUUACAUAUUUGAGGAAGACCUUUUUACAUAGAUGGUUGGUGUCCAUAUGGCUCCUCAGCUGAAUAAAGAACUGUAAAUGAUGUUUGGAAACUGCAGACCUGGAAUUAGGAGACAUAAUUACUCCUUCAAGGUAUACCGAAUAUCAGUUGUGAGAUUCCAAAGCCAUAGCAAUGAUACAGCAAACCUAGGUUGAGAGAGGUAGUAUGAGUGCUGGUAGACCAGCUGCUACUUACUUCCUAUGAAUACAGUGAAAAAGGCAGGUGAAACCUAAGUACAGUCCAGAUUUUUAAAAAAUCACACUUUCUCAGGGAUCUCCACAAACUAGUGGGUGUCCUGGCUGUCCCUGUGACAGCCGCUUUCUACAGGUGAGGCCUCAAAUGAAUUGCAGCUAUCCUGGUGUUCCUGUGGGGGCACUUAGUAUUAAGAAAGAGUGUUCUUCUAAACUUUCUUGGUAGGUUCUUUGGCCACUUGCCAAAGAGUAUGAAAGAAUCCAACCCAACAGGAUUUUUCUUCCUAAUAGCAGUUAAUUCAUUUCGGUCAAAGUAUGAUUCCAGUAGGGAAUCUGGAACAAUUCUGAUCCUCCCAUGUUCUGUCCUGAAAUAACCACUUUAUAUAUCAUUUAUUUUCUUUCACCUGGCGAUCUCUUUGAGGCAGGUUUCAGAGUUUGGCAAUGCAACAUGAAAGACUAGGGAAAGCAUUGAUGAAGUGUGGGUAGAAAACUUGUUAAAAAUCUGAGGGUGAAGUUUGAGUUAAAAGACAUUUGAACUUGGAAUUGACUGGGAGGCCAAAGAUUUAAAGAAGAGAAGAUUCUCUCAAGAAAAGAGUAAGUUGUGUGUUAAUGGUGUGUGUUUUGUGUGCAUGAAUGGGAAUUUAUAAAUGAUGUUGAAUUCUAGAUGAAUUCACGGCUCCGACAAUCAUUGUCAACAGAAGAUCAAGCUGCAAAUAUUUAUGUUUUAAAUCUUAAAUUAUAAAGCUAGUUAAAUCUUUCUAACAACUAGUUUUAAUGUUCAUGGGUACAUUUUAUGUAAGUUACUUUUACAUUCUGUAUGAAAAGACUCAUGUUAAGUACAGAUUGGAGAUUGGGAAUCCAUUUGGGGAAGAGGUUUUGUGGAUUGUUCAGUGCUACAAAAGAAAAAAAAUUAGACUUCUGGGGAAUUGGACUAAUUUUCUUAUCUAGUUUUUAAGACUAGAGUGCUAAAAACAAAAUAUGAAGGAAAUUAAAACCCCUUGUUAUUAAAUUGAUCUGUGAAAACAUUGUUACUGGAAAUUGAGUGGGACUUGAGGCCUUUCUUCCAGAAAACAAGGACUUGAUUGUCAGGCCUAUAUUAGGUUCUGAACCUUAAUGCCAUGUAUUUGUACUUGUUAAAAUUGUUUCAAUGAAAAAUAUGUUAGUAAUAAGAACUUCUGGUUUAGUUGGGAGUUCUUCCAUUUGAAAAAUGUGAUAUUUGCAUGGAACUGUUUGAAUCUUUGUUUUCUCAGUUUCCCCUCCACUGGAUAGAAUUGAAACUAGAAUUUUCCCUUUUGUUAAAGGAAUAAAAAGUGAAUAUGUUAUUUGUAAAUUGAUGUUUAGUAACUAGAGAUAAACUUGAAUACUAGAAUACAUGAUAAGCCUAAUCUAGGUAGUCUUAGGAAAAUCUCUCUUCUGUCUUCUCAACCUAUAUUCACAUUGAACUUCAAGAUAUAUUAAGUUAUAUUUUUUCCGCUUUUCAGAGCUGCUUUGGGGCUACUUUUUUUUUUUUUUUUUUUUUAAUUGAGGUGUAAUUUGUAAGGGGCUACAUUUCUGGUAAGGCUUCUUAUAAUUGGCUGGAUGUUUUCUAGUCUUCCAAGAAGGGCCAUUUUAUUUUUUAGAGUCACUUCUAAAGUCAUGUGGUCUUUAACUUUGGGGACUGUUUUGCAUUUAAGUGCUAAUGCAAAUAAAUUUAAGCCCAAGUAGACCUCAUCACAUGUCACCUCAUGAAUGUUGACAAUGGAAGGAAUACCUUGCCUGUAGUAUAAUAUCAGUUCUGGACCGAAAAGCUGGGGAAGAAACUUCAUUUUCUUUUUUGCAUAAACCAGAAAAAACAGCUAGUCUGUGCAGCUUCCUUGUUGACCUCAGCAGAUGAACUGAGCUGAUAGUGUUAAUUCAGAUUUGGUAAAUUAUCUGAAUCUUCGUUUCUGUAGACUUGCAAUCUACAUGCAAUUUUUACUAAAUCAGAUAGCUUUUACAUUUUCACUUGUGUACAUAGGCUCCCCACCCUUUUCAACAUCCAUUAGUUAAUUGAUCUUUGUAAACUGGCAUUGAAACAUUACAACAAUGUUUUGUUGCACCAAUUUUAUAAACUUACAGUGCAAUACGUGUUAUUUUUCCGAGACAAACCAAAGGUUAAUAUCUCAAGGUUCUUGCUGCCUGCUUUAGCAGCAUUUGAUGGGAGGAUCUUUUAUAUACAUUUGUAAUAGAUGAGAAAUAAACCAGAUUGCAAAUAAUUUUUUCUUUUUUUAAAGCUUAAACCAUGUACCAAGUCUUUGGUCCAAAUUGUGUAGGGUAAGUUAAGCUUAAAUGGCAUUCUAUUAACCAGUAUGAGUGUAUUUCUGUAAGCAUAGUUAUGUUGAAAUAAAGUUUUAAAAAGCC